GCACGUCCUAAAUUUGAUCACAGGACUAACCCGAACCCCACCUAUGCAGACCCGGAUGUCAGGUUGACUGUGACACAACUGAUUCGCCGGAAAAGUAAAGAUAGGUUGUCAGAGGGCCUAUGGAUCCUCGAAGGCAGCGUCGCCGCCGUUUGGCUGCGCUGCUUUCUUCCUUAGUCGCCGAACUCCUCUCAUUGCUAAUCCUCCUCUUCCCCACCUCGAACCCUCUUCCCGUCACGGAUUGCGCAACAAACGGGGAUCCGCUAUCCGACCAACACGACGUCGUUUUCGCUCUGCUUCUCCAUCUCCUGUCCGCCUCUGAAAUCGCCGCCACGCUCUCCCUCCCUCCGUUCACCAGAAAACGCAGGCGCGGCCAUUUUUCAGAACCGGGCGUCCAAUCCGACGUCCAGGACCCGGAAUCGAGGAUCUCCCGUGUCGUCGGAAUAGAUUCAGUCAAACGCCGGAAUCCGGACUCGUUCAAGCAGUUCUUCAACAUGAAAUCAUCCACGUUCGAGUGGCUCUGCGGCCUCUUAGAGCCGUUGCUGGAAUGCCGCGAUCCGGUUCACUCCCCUCUUAACCUUGCCGCCGAGACUAGGCUCGGUAUCGGCCUCUUUCGGCUGGCCAGCGGCGCGGAUUUCCGGGACAUUUCCGACCGAUUCCGUGUCUCGGUAUCUGUAUCCAAGUUCUGCGUCAAACAGCUCUGCCGGGUCCUCUGCACCAAUUUCCGGUUCUGGGUCGGGUUUCCGAGCCCGAACGAGCUGGCGUCCGUGUCAACUCAGUUCGAUGCCCUCACUGGAAUCCCCAACUGCUGCGGAGCUGUCAAAUGCGUGAGGUUCAGGAUCAGAAGAAACCACGAAGCAGUUCCGCCAAAAGAUAACAUUCUCCAUGAAAAUGCAGAAAACACCAUAGCUGCUCAAAUAGUAGUAGACUCGUCCUCAAGAAUUCUGAGUAUCAUAGCUGGUUUUCACGGGCAAAAGACAGAUUCCCAGAUCCUAAAGUCCUCAACUUUAUACAGAGAUAUAGAAAAUGGGGCAAUUUUGAAAUCCCAGAAAGUGCAUAUACAUGGGGUGGCUGUACCUCAGUUUCUCGCCGGAGAAGGGGCAUACCCUUUACUUCCCUGGCUAAUCCUGCCUUUCAAUUGUUGCUCACCAGGGUCAAAUGAGGAAAUUUUCAACAAUGCGCAUCGUAUUAUGCUCUUACCUGCCCAUGAAGCCAUUGCAAGCCUGAGGAAAUGGGGUGUGUUGAAUAAGUCAACUGAGUCAGAUGAUAAAGUUGCAGUUGCAUAUAUUGGCGCUUGCUCAAUCUUACAUAAUAUGCUGCUUACGAGGGAGGAGGAUUUGUCAGCCUCCUUCGAUGAGGUGGACAAGCAUUCUUCGGGACUUUGUAGGGAUUUACAGUUUCUUGAAGGGAAGAAUGGCGGGGAUGAGAUUUUCACUCAGAGGAGUGAAUUGGCUUCUGCUAUAAGAGCUGCAUUGGCCAUGAAAGUUAGUGAGCAAAAAUUGAGGCUGCAAUGACGUUUCUCCCCCUUGAUGUGAUAGAAGGGCAUAAAUGCCAUAUAUUCAACUGUUUUGAAGGUAGAAGUUUCAAGAAUGGCAUAGUUCCUAGCUUACACAUUAAUAUUUAAAUGUGAUUAUAUAGCCACAUAUAUAUGAUAGUAUGAUAGUUCGUUUCUAUAGAAGUGGUAGGAUAUAUAUUGACACAGUUGAAACAGAAACCACAAGUUAAACACUUAGAUUGUCUCUGACUGUCUUCUUCA